AUGGUGAUGAAGGUGGAGUCGCCAAGGAAAUCAAUAAAUAAUGUCUUUCAGAGAGUUGGGGUAUAUGGUUUUGGAGGAGGGAGCAGCCAGAAGAGAUGCAAGUAUGAUAUUCAGGAUGAAGAUGACACCAUGGAAAUGGUGCAGAUUGGUGCUGAGAGGACCAAGAAUGUGCUGAUCUUGAUGAGUGAUACUGGUGGUGGUCAUCGAGCUUCGGCUGAGGCGAUUCGUGAUGCAUUCAAAUUGGAAUUUGGGGAUGAAUACAGGUGUUUUGUGGUCAUAGAGCUUCUUCUUGGGCCAAUUGUGAUGUGUGAAGAUUGGAAUUUGGGGAUUUUUGUCAAGGAUGUUUGGAAGGAGUACACCGGCUGGCCGUUGAAUGAUAUGGAGCGGCAGUAUAAGUUUAUGGUUAAACAUGUACAGCUUUGGAAUCUCACAUUUCACAGUACUUCUCCUCGAUGGAUACACUCUGUCUAUCUUGCUGCCAUUGCCGCCUUCUAUGCCAAGUAUAUUUUUUUUCUUCCUAUAUCACAUUCAGGCUAAACUCUCAGAUAUUUUUAAUACUGUUUAGGCCAGCAAGUUGUCAUUACUUAAUAUGACCUUCAUUUAUAUGCUUCGAUACUUCAGUUUGGUCACCACUAUGAUGUAGUAAAAUAUCUAUGAUACCAUAAAACAAUGUGUAUUCUAACGCCUUCAGUAUUCUUUAUGAAUUUCACUUUUGUCUUUGCUUUUGGUUUUCUUUUAAAAUGAUGCUUUCAUUUUACACUUGUCACUUAAUCAAUUGGUUUGAAGUUAAAUAUGAUUGCUGAUUGGUUGCUUCCUAUGCACACGAAACUCAAUUAUUGCUGUGAGAAAGUUUAUUUGUUUAAUUUAUGUGGUAAAAGAAGAAGUCAAUUCUAGGCGGACAUGUUAGUGUUUUUGAAGGUUUCUGAUAUUGGUUACAUUGUUUGGCUGAAGAGAGGUUGAGGCUGGUCUAAUGGAGUACAAGCCCGAUAUUAUC